AUGACUCGGUUUCAAUACUCAGGCGCUGGGCGGGAUAUAGACGACGCUAUCACGCGUUACCAAGAAGCACUCGACCUUCUAUCACCCAAUCAGGUUGGGCGUGGUACCGUUGCCUUCUCUCUGGGACUAGCAUUUGAACUUCGGUAUGCAAAGUUUUUUGUACCAAGAGACGUUGAUGAUGCGAUUUCCAACUACCGCGAAUCCCUUCGUUUACGGCCUCCUGGACACCCGGCUCGUACAAAGUGCCUCUAUCAGCUCUUUCAUGCUCUUAUGAGGCGACAUGAGCAGCAAGGAUCAGCAGAUGAUCUGGAAGAGGCGAUAUCGCUCGGACACGAGUUGCUGAGCCUCUUGAAUCAUGAUCAAACACACCAUCCGGCAACACUCAGCGGACUUCUUGCAGCUCUAAUGUCGCAGCACGGACAACCAGAAUCCAUGGAUCAUUAUGGUGAACUAGUGUCUCUCGCUCGUGAAGCACACCUUGUAGAUUAUGACCGGUCACUUCGUUUACCCGUUCUCAACAACCUGGCUGUUGCUCUGACGUGCCGAUAUGAGCAGAAGGCAUCAAUGGAUGAUUUAGCCGAAGCAAUUUCACUGUGUCUUGAGGCGCUAAAGCUUCUGCCUCCACACGGACCAGAACGCCCACCGACUCUUAAUAGCCUCGCUGGAGCCCUUAUGAGGAAAUACGAGGGACAAGGAUCUAUUGACGAUUUGGAAGAAGCAAUUACAUUACUACGCGAAAUGAUUGAAAUACUUCCUCCGCACGAUCAAAAUCGCUUAAAGGCUCUCAGCAACCUAGUACUUGCCAUCAAGCGUCGAUACGAUAGACUGGGGUCCAUAGGAGAUAUGGAGGAGUCUAUUUCUCUAGGUCGGGAAUCACUAAGGCUUUGUCCUCCUGGCCAUCCACUGCGUUCAUCUUCUCUCCAAAACCUUGCACUUUCUGUAAGAAGUCGAUAUGAGCAACAGGGAUCAAAGGAAGAUUUGGAAGAAGUGAUAUCACUUCUCAGAGAAUCGCUCAGAUGUUGCCCUCCUCAUCAUCCAAACAGAUCGUUGAGUUUCAACAAUCUCGCAUUUGCCCUAAUAAAUCGUUAUGAAGAACAGAAUUCCACCGAAGAUCUAACAGAAGCGAUAUUUUUUGGCCAUGAGGCGUUGAGCCUCCGUCCCAUUGGCCAUCCACUUCGCUCAUGGUCGUUCAACUGUCUAGCAAUUGCUCAUCAAAUGCGACACUCCCGACUGGGAUCCAAGAAAGACUUGGAAUAUUCAAUAUCAUUUCACCGGGAAGCCAUGAAGCUAACGCCUGUUGAGCACAUGUACCGUUCCUCUGACCUGUACAAUCUGGCAAAUGUUCUGCGUACGCGGUAUACCGAAGAGCACAGUCAAAAUAUAGCAGAUUUAGAAGAAUCAAUUUAUCUAUACCGCAAUGCGAUUAAACUGCGGCUUCCAGGCCAUCCGGGACGUUCACAGUAUCUCCACGACCUGGCAGUCUCUCUUUUGUUCCGUUUCGCACACAUGGGAACGAGGAAUGACUUUAAAGAGGCAUUUCAACUUUUUGCACAAGCAUCAUGCGACGUCCAUUCUUUUGUAAAGCAUCGCUUGUCAUCUGCUACAGUAUGGAUAAAAUUUUCCCGUGACUUUAACGAUGAAUCAGUUAAACCUGCCUGUAAAACUGCACUCCAUCUGCUGCAGCGGUCACUGAUUUCCCGUGGCCAUGUUGAAGCGCAACAAAGUUACCUCGCUACUACCCAAUCUGCUGCUUCAUUGGCAUGCGAAUCAUCCUCCGCGAUAAUACCUACUGGAGAUCUUGAAACAGCAGUCGAGUUGCUUGAACAAGGUCGCGCAAUCCUGUGGUCCAAGGCCAAUGUGUACAAAGACCCACUUCAGGAACUCCGCCAGGCCAAUGAAGGGAUUGAAUUAGCUGACCGACUUGAGUCUUUGAAUAUCCAACUCGAGAAGAUAGUAUUGCAAUCCCAGCGAUCCAUAAUUCAAAACAAAGAAGCAAGUUCAUCCGAGUUGCUCGAAUCCCAAAUGCAAAAGCAUCGCAUUCUAUCGGAGGAAUGGGAUGAAACAGUGGAGAAGAUUCGUAAGAUCGAUGGGUUUGAGAAUUUUUUGCAAGCACCUCAAUUCAAACAACUUCAAGCAGCUGCGGUCGAGGGCCCUGUCAUAAUUGUAAACAUCAGCAGUUACCGCUGUGACGCUAUCAUCAUUCUCCAUCAUAGUCCACCCGUUCUCGUCCCGUUGCCCCAAGCUCGCUCUGAAACACUUCUUGACCAUGCCACCAAGCUUCAAUCCUCCAGAGAGAUUGUGGGAGUGUUACGGGAUAUUUGGCGUACAAUAGGGCACCCUGUGGUUGAGCGAUUGUCGGACAUUGGGAUUGCCCAAAAAUCGAGGAUCUGGUGGUGUCCAACGUCGGCGCUGUGUGCUCUUCCGCUCCACGCUGCUGGACCUUAUAGGCGUGGUGAAAGAAACCUGCCUGAUAUCUAUAUAUCUUCCUACACUCCGACACUAUCUGCAUUAAUCAGGGCGAGGUCGAAAAUAUCCAAAUCACAGGGAGUUCCGAAGCUGCUGGUGGUUGGUCAAUCAGGAAAGGACCUUCAUAGGGUCAAAAAUGAAGUCGAUGUAAUCAGGCGAUAUGAAGAUAACGUAGAUGUUCUCAUGGAUUCCGAAGCAACCAGGAAUGCUGUUCUCAGCGGCAUUAUGGACCACUCCCGGGUUCACCUGGCUUGUCAUGGUCACUUGGGAGACGACAAUCAGCCAUUCAGAUCAUCAUUUGAGCUCUACAAUGAGCGACUCGAGCUUCUGGAGUUGAUUCAGGCAAAACUACCCCAUGCCGAGUUAGCAUUUCUUUCAGCGUGCCACAGUGCCGCCGGAGAUACUCAAACACCAGAUGAAAGCAUCCACUUAUCCGCGGCAUUGCAAUUUUGUGGAUUCCGAAGUGUUGUGGGAACAUUGUGGGAGAUGCAUGAUGAAGAUGGACCCACCAUUGCGAAGCAUUUCUAUGACUACAUAUUUUCUAAUGGAUCAACUGCCAAUUUUAAGGAAUCCGCUCAGGCAUUAAACAUUGCAAUCAGGGAGAUGAGAAAACAAGGUGUCCCUCUGGAACGUUGGGUCAUGUUUGUUCACACCGGGGCGUGA